UGGCUUGCUUCUUUCCGUGUGGCAGCCACGAGGGUCAGGUGCAUCAGAAGGGAAUGACAUGUUUGGAGAAGAUGAGGAUGAAGAGGCUUUGAGUGAUCCCAGACGGAGGGUAUCCCCUGAUCAGAUAUGGCCAAGCUGUCAAGGCACCUAUCUUCCACCAGCGCCAAACUAAAUCAGGUAAUCGAUGUAGAAAAUGGACAUGAAAGUCAGAGGAUGUUUGCUGAGUUGGUGUUUCAUGAAACACGAAGGAUGGAUGAUGAUAUCUGGAGCGCCUGCUAUGUUGCACCGAUCAAUCAGCUGUAUCACUUCAAAUCACUACAAAUCAGGAAAAACCAAGAACGCCAGCAGGCACAGCAGAACGUCCACCAUUCCACGCUCUACUCGCAGCCACCACCACAACUCCUCCAGCCCCCUCCAAACCCCUCCUGGCUCCUCUUGCACAACAUUUCCACCCACCUUCACAACUCCUCCAGCCUUCUCCACAGCUCUUCCAGGCUCCUCCAUUCCCACAUUUACAACCACCUCCACGACCCACCUGUGCUCCUCCACAAACCCCCCCAUGGUCCUCCACAAGCCUCGCAGGUUCCUCCACAACCCUCCCAUUUUCCUCCACAACCUUUCCAGCUUCCAUCACACACCAGCCAACAUCCACAAUGUCUACGGUUGCCGAUGGACCCAGAGCCAAUGAAAGUCCACCAUUAUACUUCCUCUCUGGCUCAGAGGCCCACCCCGCAGCAUUCACAGGCCCAUGGCAAUGCACCUGUUUGGAGUCACUCUCCACAACCCAGUUCAUCAGCUGGACCAACCAGGAGACCUUUCUCAUCCCCCAUGACAUCCACUGAACAAGGCCACACAAGCCAUUUGAUUCGGCAGGCUUAUGACACAGCUUCGCCAUAUUAUUCCUUUCUGACCCCUGAUCCCAUCCUAAAUGCAUCAGCAUCAGACCUUAACAUGUCAGCUUUAUUAUCUAGACUUGCUGGAGCCUCAACCCCAAUGCACAAAAGUCCUGUUGAGCAACAGUGUGACAGUGACCACAUCACAGAUAGUGAUGAAUGA